CAUGUGAAAUCAGCCAUUCGUUGGGUAGAAAUCAGCUGGUUAUACAAUAGCCUGCCGCAAUCAAUUCGCCAGGAUCGCUGAUGAAUCAGAAUCAAUAUCAGAGACAGCCCCCCUCCUUUCCAUUCAUCCGCUAAAUAGUGACUUGUGUGCAUAUUGUGAAGGUUAACAACAAGUAAAAUCCCUUACGAAACCGAAGACUCAGCGCGAAUAUAUUCGAUUGGUAAAUCAUUUUCUUGGCACGCCGAUCCAGGGAAUUUCGUUUGACGCAUAUAUCACAUUUGUUGGCCAGAGGUACAGACACAGAGAUACAGAGAUACAGAUACGUCGUAGAUCUUCGGCUCGUUGAAAUUGAAUAAAAUUAUAUAGUCAAAAAGCGAGAAAAUUUUUAGAAACUUUUCAAGUCAGCGCUAAAAGAAGAUGGCCCAACCACAGCUGCUGCAAGUCAAAUUGUCACGUUUCGAUGCCCAGCCCUGGGGAUUCCGCCUUCAGGGGGGCACGGACUUCGCCCAGCCCCUGCUGGUGCAAAAGGUGAACGCCGGCAGCUUGUCCGAGCAGGCUGGCCUCCAGCCCGGCGAUGCGGUGGUCAAGAUCAACGACGUGGAUGUCUUCAAUCUGCGGCACAAGGAUGCCCAGGACAUUGUGGUGCGCUCCGGCAACAACUUUGUCAUCACAGUGCAGCGCGGUGGCUCCACCUGGCGGCCGCAUGUGACACCGACUGGCAAUGUGCCGCAGCCCAACUCGCCGUAUCUGCAGACGGUGACGAAGACCUCUCUGGCUCACAAACAACAGGACAGCCAGCACAUCGGCUGUGGCUACAACAACGCGGCCCGUCCCUUCUCCAACGGCGGCGAUGGCGGCGUGAAGAGCAUUGUCAAUAAACAAUACAACACCCCGGUUGGCAUUUACAGCGAUGAAUCUAUUGCGGAAACACUCUCGGCCCAGGCGGAGGUUUUGGCUGGCGGUGUGCUCGGCGUCAACUUCAAGAAAAACGAGAAGGAGUACCAGGGCGAUCGCUCCGAGGUCCUGAAGUUCCUGCGCGAGGAGGAGACCGGCCAGUCCACUCCAGAGCCACACAGUCCCGCCAACUUCUACUGGACGCAGAGCCACGCAAUCGGUGGCAACGAGCGACGCACUCCACUGCACCACCAGCAUCAGCAGCAGCAGCAGCAGAAUCAGCAGGAUGAGCGGAUUGGUGUUCCAUUGCAGUCGAAUAGCCUGGCGCCGGAGGCGCCACACAGGCCCAGUUUGCCGGUGGCCCCGAAGGAUAACGUGGAGCAGCCCAGGCAGGAUCAGCAGGAGCAGGCCGAUCCGCGCAUCAUUGUGCUGCCCAUCUGCCCCGGCCUCCAGGGGCCCGAGUACAAGGCCGAAAUGGAGGCGGCCGCGGCGGCACUGGCCACCGACCAGGAUGGACGACCACGUCCAUUGGCCGCCAGCGGACAUCCGGCAUGCCGGCUGUGCGGCGUGGGCAUUGUUGGCGUUUUCGUGCGCAUCAAGGAUAAGAACCUGCACGUGGAGUGCUUCAAGUGCGCCACGUGUGGCACCUCGCUGAAGAACCAGGGCUACUACAACUUCAACAACAAGCUCUACUGCGACAUCCACGCCAAGCAGGCCGCCAUCAACAAUCCCCCCUCCGGCACCGAGGGUUACGUCCCCGUUCCCAUCAAGCCCAACACCAAGCUGAGUGCCUCCACCAUCUCGUCGGCCUUGAACUCGCACGGAUACGGUGGCAGCUCGAACGGCUACUCCAAUGGAAACUCCGCCCCAGCUCCGGCACCGCCUGAGUCUGAGAGCAGCCAGGAGUUGCCCCUGCCUCCGCCCCCCUCGCCCACCCAGCUGCUGCAGUACGAGGCGGAGCAGCAGCAAGUCCUUCCGGAGCAACACAUGUCCACCAUCCAGCAGCAGCAGCAACAGCAGCAGCAGCAAAAGCAGGAGCACACUCGCACCCACAGCAGCCUGUCAUCCAUUUCCAGCGGCUCCUCCUCCUCCGGAGUGGGCGGCAGCGGCAGUGGGAGUGGCAGUGGCAGCGGCAGCGGCAGCGGCGUGGGCCAGAGCCAGCAGAGCUACUCCUCCACUCUGUCCCUGGAUCGCUUUGGUUCGCCCCUGCACUCGCGCCAGACAUCCGGCUCCUCCACGUCACUGGAGGUGGCUUUGGCUGCUCCUGGCGCUGGCCAGGGCGAUAAUUACACCAUGACGCCGCCCUCCCCGCCGCCGCCGCCUCCUCCCCAGGCUCAGUCCGUGACGAAUUACAGGCUGCAGGCUGCGCAGAACGAGAACGACAUGAAUACGCAGAACAAGAGCCCCAAUGCCUACAACCAGCUGCUGAAAGAGUACUCCAACAAGCUGCAGCAGCAACACCACCACAACACCACACAGCACACGACAGCGACAGCAACAGCGACAACAGCACCCCCACUAAAACACAACAACACGGCCAAGCCAUUUGCAGUGGCAUCAGCGGCAAGCACCACACCCCAACAACACCUGCCACACCUACAACACCAGCAACACCAGCAACAGCCGCUUGUGGCAGCGCUCACGGCGACACUUGCUAAUCAAUUGAAAUUUAACCCACAUCAGGUUGCAAGCUCCCAAGCAGCAGUAGCAACAGUAGCGCCAACCGCUGCAGCAGCAGCAGCGGCAGCAACACCCCAAGCAGCAACUGCAACAGAUAGCCCAGCUGCAACAGCAUCAUCAACAGACAAUAUGUCCGCCUACGUGGCAGAUGAGCCCUCUUCGAUUUAUGGCCAAAUUAGCGCCGACUCGGUGGCUAUAGCCCCACCACCACCGCAGCCACCCACCGCCGGCGGGGGCGAUCAGCCCUUUGAGUACGUCACGCUCACCGGCAACGUCAUCCGCAGCGUGCAGGCUCCCGGGAAGGGGGCGUGCCCCAGCUACAAGGUGAACCAGGGCUACGCUCGUCCCUUCGGCGCCGCCGCUCCCAAGUCGCCGGUGUCCUAUCCGCCGCAGCAGCAGCAGCAGCAGUCGCCGCGUCCCGCUCCCGGUGGCCAAAACCCGUACGCCACCCUGCCCCGCAGCAAUGUGGGCCAACAAGUUUCCACAGGAGCUCAAAGCGCUGCCAAGUCCACUAAUACGCAUGCUAGUCCGCAAACUUUCGCCACCCUGCCACGCCCCCAGCCUCAGGCAACUGACACACCCGCCCAGGAGCUGCAGAAGGAUCUCCAACUGGAUUCGGAUGCCACUUCCAUGCUGGCUGAGUCCGUUGGAAAGAUAAAUAUGGGCGACAAGACCCAAGCAUUCAUGCAGGAAGCCGGCAAAAUCAUCGCCAAUAUGCUGGAGGCACGAUUGGCCAGCAAUGGUGGACAAAAUGGACCCCUUUCCCAUGCGGGUAGCUCUUUGAGUCUGCGCAGCAACAGCAGCUCCAAUCUCUCAAAGAGCCCAAUGAUCGUUCGCAAGCGUUUGGAUCUCGACGACUUUAAGAACCUGGAUCCCACCCAGCCGGUUGCACUGCAACCUGUUAUAGCCGUACAUGCACAGAAGGAUCUGCCCACUGAGGUGGGAAACCAGAAGGCGCAGCCGCAGGCGCCUCGGGUGGAACAAACCCUACAGAUGGAACUCCCUGCCCAGCAUCCCAUGGGCAAGAUACUUGAUCUCUGCGACAGUGGCAAGGCCAUCGACGCACCCGAACCGGUGGCAUUUAGGAACAAUUUGAGACGCACUGGUGCCACCCAUGCGGCUGAUCGAAGAUCCUACAUAGAACCUAAGCAGGCGGCUAACAAUGGCACCUCCGUAAGCAGCCAAAUUGGCAAUCAGAAUGGUGGCCAGGCGGGAAAUCAGAAUGGCAGCCAGAGUAGCGCACCCACCUACAGUGUUUCCGUUAAAGCCUUGGGACCUCACAGUGAAGAUCAGACCACCAUGUCGGAGGAGAACGAAAGGGCCGUAAGUCAGUUGCUCAAGGAGGGUAAGCGACCCGUUUGUUGUCAGUGCAACAAAGAGAUCACCUCAGGACCCUUCAUCACGGCUCUGGGCCGCAUCUGGUGCCCGGAUCACUUCAUCUGCGUGAACGGCAACUGCCGUCGUCCGCUUCAGGACAUUGGGUUCGUUGAGGAGAAGGGCGACCUGUACUGCGAGUACUGCUUCGAGAAGUACCUGGCGCCCACCUGCAGCAAGUGCGCUGGCAAGAUCAAGGGUGACUGUUUGAAUGCCAUUGGCAAGCACUUCCAUCCGGAGUGCUUCACCUGCGGCCAGUGCGGCAAGAUCUUCGGCAACAGGCCUUUCUUCCUGGAGGAUGGAAACGCGUACUGCGAGGCCGACUGGAACGAGUUGUUCACCACCAAGUGCUUCGCCUGCGGCUUCCCCGUGGAAGCUGGCGACAGAUGGGUGGAGGCCCUGAACCACAACUACCACAGCCAAUGCUUCAACUGCACGUUCUGCAAACAGAACCUGGAGGGUCAGAGCUUCUACAACAAGGGCGGACGUCCCUUCUGCAAGAAUCACGCGCGCUAAGCCGCAACUCAGAUGAUUUUGUUCGACUUCAGGGAUCACGCACACUAACCAACACCAACUAUCUAUCACAAUCUUCGGAUUACUUGGAUAUGGGAGCUUGCUCCCAACUCGUAUCUAAUGCUUAAUACUGCAAUUGUCAGAGUGUAUAAUGCGUAACUAUUAUUAUUUCUAUUUGUUUUUGAAUUGUGCACACAAAUGUUAUCCUAAUUUUAACUGAUGAUCGAUUCGCUCUAUAUCAAAACAGUAGCUGCAAACGACACGAAAUCGAAUUAGCUAGCAAAUUAUAUGUCCCACACAGGAAAUAAACACACACAACUAUUAUUUAUUCAAACAUCGUAUCAUAACCGAACUACCGAUCCCCAGAUAUAUAUGUAUGUACUGUGGCCAGAGUUAAUUUACUUAGUUGAGCCUGAAACUGUUGAUCAACCCGUAACCAAAAGCUAACAAAUCGCGCGAGAGGAUUUCCCAAACCGAUUGGCGGCGUAGAAUCGGCUAAUCAGAGAUUAGAUGAAACGAGGUUGUCAGCAGGCAGUUGCUUAUUUAAUUUCUAAAUUUAUGUUGUAAAUUAUCCAUAAUUCGAUUGUAAAUUGUAAAUGAUCAGCAAGUGAAUAAAUUUCGAAAUCUUUUUCGCGUUUAAAAAACGA